GCGCGACGGUCGUUCUCAAAGAGCCGGCGGUCACAGUCGCGUGACGACGAGGGCUCACAGGAGCCGCGGUCGUCGAUGCAUUCAGUGGGCCGUGGUGGCGCUGGCAACAUCCAGCCUGGCUCGCCCGAGGAGGCGGAGGCGAUCGACCAGCGUGACAAUGAGGAGAUGGAGCGUGCGCUUGCUGAGCACCCUGAUGGAAUGCACUCGACCGGACGAGGCGGUGUUGCGAACAUCACUCCGCUGUCUCCUGGACCUGACUCUGCACCCCACGAGCACGAGCACGGCGCCGCAGAGCACACUGGGCGUGGCGGUGCCGGCAACAUCUUCCGCACGCGGUCGCGCAGCGAGUCGAAGAAGCGCUCGAGCUCACGCGGACGCACUGGCCUUGGCCAGAUGUGGCAGCGCGUGCGGUCGAAGUCGCGGGCACCAAGGGAGCACGAGGGUAUCGCGCUGGACACGCAGCUGCAGGACAUGACGAUCUCGGAGGCGAACACCUCGCGCGAAAGCAUGCAAGCGCCGCAAAGUUCACAGGCGGGCGCGAGCGGGGACCCGCCUCAGGGCGGGCAAGAAUGACUCGCGGCGCCCACGGCUGCGACGGCGUGUGCGGCUGAGUCAGUGCGUGUGUACGCGAUGUUUGUACGUGAUUGCGGCACCAAAUAUAUCUCGUUGAGACUGCGGA